AACAGCAAAGGAAUCCAAUUCCCAAAUUCCUAAGACGUCGUCUUUUCGCCGAGAUCGUCAGUUCUCCUGCUCCGGCAGCCAUGGCCGCCAAAGCAGCUGCUAUACGCAAGAGUAAUAGAUCGGAGAAUUUCAUUCAAAAACUCGUUAAAAAUCCUAAAAUACCUUUUGCUAUUGCAAUACUCAUUGCUGAUGCCAUCCUCGUUGCGUUGAUUAUCGCUUACGUUCCAUAUACGAAAAUUGAUUGGGAUGCUUAUAUGUCUCAGGUUACUGGUUUUCUCGAAGGAGAGAGGGAUUAUAGUAACUUGAAAGGUGACACGGGGCCUCUAGUUUACCCAGCAGGCUUUCUUUAUAUUUACUCUGCUAUACAAUAUGUUACUGGAGGUCAAGUCUAUCCUGCUCAGAUUCUUUUUGGCUUUCUCUACGUGCUGGAUCUUGCAAUUGUCUUGUUCAUCUACUUGAAGACUGAUGUGGUACCUUGGUGGGCUCUCUCCUUGCUUUCUCUGUCGAAAAGAGUUCACUCUAUCUUUGUUCUUCGAUUAUUUAAUGAUUGUUUUGCCACUACUCUCCUCCAUGCUGCAUUGGUCUCAAUUAUCUGCCAAAAAUGGCAUCUAGGGUUGGUAAUUUUCAGCGGAGCUGUUUCCAUAAAGAUGAAUGUGCUCCUGUAUGCACCACCUCUGUUGCUCCUCAUGGUGAAGGCAAUGGAUAUUGUUGGAGUUAUAUCUGCUUUAGCAGGGGCUGCAUUAGUGCAGAUUCUCAUAGGGCUUCCUUUUAUCCUGUCACAUCCAGCUUCAUAUUUAUCAAACGCUUUCAAUCUUGGUCGGGUUUUCAUCCACUUCUGGUCUGUCAACUUCAAAUUUGUUCCUGAAGACAUCUUUGUUUCUAAAGCUUUUGCUCUCUCUUUGCUAGUUGCUCAUCUCAGUCUGCUAUUGGUGUUUGCUCAUUACAGAUGGUGCAGGCAUGAAGGAGGACUGUUUGCUGUUGUGCGUUCUAAAAUCAUUCAACUGAAGCUCAGAGUUUCUCAGAGAAAUCCUUCCUCAACCAAGAAAGUCCUUCAAGCUGACCAUAUUGUGACGACUAUGUUUGUUGGGAAUUUCAUUGGCAUUAUAUGUGCCCGAUCCCUCCAUUACCAAUUUUAUUCUUGGUACUUCUAUUGCUUACCAUAUUUAUUGUGGAAAGCACCAUUUCCAACCCUCCUACGUUUAUUCUUGUUCGCAGCUGUAGAGUUUUGCUGGAACGUCUUCCCCUCCAACACUUGCUCAUCACUUGUCCUCCUCUGUGUCCAUUUGAUCAUAUUGGCCGGUCUAUGGAUAAGUUCACCAGAAUAUCCGUACGUCGAAGAAAAAACAACUUAUAAAUCUACACCUAAGAAGAAGGCCAGAUAAAGCACUAUCUGGUUAUGCAUGUGAAUGGCAGAUAAAGAAAAAACAACUGAUAAAACAAAGUUUUUGUUUUUCUGUUUCUUUUCGUAGUGUUAAUGCUUACAGUUUUGUUAGAUGGUAUACAAAACCAGAAAGGUGGUAACAACCACACGAAGAUCAUCCAAUGGCAUCAAGGAUGAAUAUUUUCUGGGGGUUUUCAACAUUUGAGGAUUUCAUUAGCUCAAAUCUGAAUUAGACUUGAAUAUUUUAGAAGGUCAACCUAUUUUAUUUAUCUAAAUCUGUAUGGUGUACUAUUUAUUGUCAAGAUUUAAGGACCUUUAGUCAUUUUCGCCGAGGUUAGCUGGUCGUUUGUGCCUGCUCAUGGAAAAGUUCUACCUAUAAUUGGCAUA